AUGUACGGAGGCAGAGGGAGAGGGCUCCGGCCCCCUCGGCGUCAUGUCUUCGGUGCCGGCGGUGUCCAGUCCGCCGGUUCUAUCCUCAAGCGCCGGGACACGGAUCUCCGAGGAGCAGGGCAGAACCGAAGUCCCGCGGCCCCUCCCCCGGGUGCUCAUGCCUUCUCUUCUUGUUUCAGGUCGGAAGCCGCCGCGGGAUCCAGAGCCGUCCUGUCCCCUCCUCUUCCACUCCCCGUUGUAGCCAAUAAAGGCCCAGGCCGCCCGUACCGCCUAGGCUUCUGCGGGGAGUUCGGGCGAUCUUGCCGGCAUUCCCGGAUGGCCGCGCUGCGACGAGCCCUCCACGUGGCCGCCUUGGCUGCGGGGACGCGCCGCGCCCUAGCGGGCUCCCUGGCCGGUAGCUGCCUGGCGGACCGCGGCCUCUGGGAUAAGCUCCACGCCCAGCCCCGGCCGGGCGGAGUCCCCACCUUCGACUGGUUCUUUGGGUACGAGGACACUCAGGGCCUCCUCCUGCCGCUGCUGAGGGGAGCCCAGGCCGCCUGCCCGUGGCGGGUGCUGGACGUGGGCUGCGGGACCUCCAGCCUGAGCGUGGGUCUCUAUGCCAAGUGCCCACACCCGGUGGACGUGCUGGGGGUGGACUUCUCUCCCGUGGCCGUGGCCCACAUGAACAACAUCCUGGAAGGUGGCCAAGGCCAGACACCCCUGUUCCCUGGGCACCCUGCCUCCCGCCUCCGCUUCAUGCAGGCUGAUGCCCGGAACCUGGAGCCACUGGCUUCGGGCUCCUUCCAGCUGGUGCUGGAUAAGGGCACCUGGGAUGCUGUUGCCAGAGGUGGUCUGCCCGGGGCUUACCAGCUGCUGUCCGAAUGCCUGAGGGUCCUAAGCCCGCAGGGGACCCUGAUUCAGUUCUCAGACGAGGACCCUGACGUGCGGCUUCCCUGCCUGGAGCAAGGGUCCCCAGGGUGGAGUGUGACAGUGCAGGAGCUAGGCGUUCAAGGGCAUCACCUACUUUGCUUACUUGGUUCAAGGCUCUCAUUAAAGACAUGGUCUUGA